GUAAUUCACCAUGAAAAGGGAGGUGUAAAUUAUUUAUUGCUGCAACAUUUUUUCUCUUGUCAUUUGUGUAGUUUUUUAGUAUAUUUAUUAAAAAAUAUCUGGUAAAAUUAACUAUAUGCCAAAUAUUCACUUAUACAAAGUGAAAAGCCAGUCUCGACAAUCAGGAAUUGAAUUAAACUAAUUCAUUUUGCGCAGUUCUACGUUGCUGCUAUCCCAACUGCUGCAGACAAUAAAAAAUUGGUACCGGUGCAUUUUGCCAACAACAACCGAAUGUACGCCGGAUCCGAAAUGCCAGAAUGUGAACGUGGUUAUCAAAGCCUGGACCCAGCAAGCACUAUGCUGCGGAUUUCACCUAACGACAACAUAUACUUCAACCGGGGCGAGAACAGCGAAAGUGUAAUUGAUCUCACUUGUAUUGGAAAGCAGCCGAUUACCUACAAAAUUCAAACAACAGCACCAGAAAAAUUUCGAGUACGUCCUCGUUGCGGCUAUUUGGCUCCGUCUGAGACAGUGUCAGUUAGCAUUAUGUUGAAGCAGGACUACCAUUUGGGUGAAUCGCCGAAAGAUAAAUUUCUCGUGAUGUGUAUGCCAGCACCUGUUGGUAUUGAGCCAUCACAGCAGAGCAUGAGCGAAGUGUGGAAGCUAAAGCCUCCUAGUGGCGGUGAUAUGGAGCAGCAUCGUCUAACCUGUAAUUACAGAGGCAGUGCAAGUGGUGCAAGUACACCCGGUCAAUGCGUCUGUGGACAGGCUGGAGGGCGUAUUGGUGGCCCGGAUGAAGGGAUUGCAUCGGGAAAGGGUUCCAACACUAUUUUGGAUCUUUCUUCACACGCCAAGCUCCUGGAGAGCCAGUUAAGGUUUACACAAAUUCUGCAAUGCAUUACGCUCGUCUUUUUGUUGGCUCUGUGUGUAGCGGUUGUCUAUCUUUGGAAAACGCAAUUGAAUCGCAUGUCCGGAUGCAUCGGCGAGGAGGAAUGCAGCGCUGCAGUUGCAGGCAACUGUCCUGGGCGGAAUCUAUAAUAUUUACUUACAAAAUGCAAUUUGACCAAACAGCACCUACUGGCACCCACAGCCGCAGAUAGGUUGCGUAGACGAGGUCAUGGCAGCAGCAAUGCUCCCGACAGCGAAGUUGACUGUAGCGAUUUUGAAGAAGUUAUCGGCGGCGGUGAUGGUUUCGAUUACGAUGAAUCUACUCUUGAUAAGGGCGGUGUUGCGGGAGGUGGAUACCUGCUUGGUCUGAUCGCAUUUGCACGUAAAUUUGCGCGCAUUAUAAUCACGAUUUCGAUGCUCUUUUGUAUUAUAUUUAUCUCGUUUUAUUGCUGCUCCGAGCCGAGGGCAACAAUAACCGCACUGGCUCCGCCAAUUACACCUCCAUCCACAUCUAUAGAGGUACAUUUACGGACGCAGGCGCAUAGAAGAUGGCCAUCAAAUUGAUGAGUUUAUAUCUAAUUUAUUAUAUUUUAAAAUGCAUUAACUAUGAACAAAAGUAAUAUGGGCAAUAUAUGAAUUAUGUCUGUACAAAAUGAUUUUUAGGGAGAACAUAAAUUUGCCUAAGCAUAUUUGUAUACAUUGUUGACGUUGUGCAUUCUAGAGCAGGGAUGGCCAGAUUGUUUGCAGUCAAAGAGCCAGCAAGUGCUACGCAAGAGGUAAAUUGGUUCUCAGGGUAAACGGGGUGUACAAAAUACAUUAAAAAAACAUAAUAUAUAUUUGUAAUGAGAGUCGAAAUACAAGAAAUUUGAAUACGCUCUUAAUACCCCUUCAUGCUGGCUCUUGAUGUUACCCCACAUCUACCAUCUAAAUGUGCCAAGCCGGCUCCUAAGUUUAAAAGGCCACCUGGGAGCCACUUUGCCCAUCUCUGUUCUAGAGCAAACGAACAAAAUAAAAGCGCUGGCCAAUUGCAUAUUUAAAUUAUGAAGUAUGUAGAGCAAACCAUGCACAAAAAUAUAUUAUCAAUAGGGGAUCGUUGAAGUCUUGUAAAGCCUACGGGGGAAAGCUUGACAACUCGGGCACCGUGCUAGGGCUUUGCAAGACUUUGAAGAAUCUCCCUAAUAUUGUUUUGUAAAAUCGGUAUGAUUAUAUCCCCAGACAAUAGGAUAAUAAACAUUUACAUAUUUAUAUGUUUAAGGUGUAUUUGUGCGCAUUUACUUUUCAAAAUACGUAUGUAUCUAUAUUGAAAAAAACAAACUUAAAUAUAUUAUAAAAUAAAGGAAUAACAUUCAGAAAUAUUGGUAAUCAUUGGUAGAAAUUUGUACUUAUUCACUGCGCCCAACAACAAAACGGAAAAGAAACAGCUAAGCCUGCGAAUUUCAUAAACAGAAAAAAGUUACUUCGAACGCAGCCAGUACAGUAAGGCCGAUCUAGUGUGAAACCAAUAUAAGGGCAAAUAAUUCAAAAACCACAUGCAGAAAGAUGAAAAUACAUGCAGCUCAUCAGAUACAUAACUACGUUUUCACUACUUAAGAAAUAUAAAAAUUCAGUUAGUAAUCUGUUUAUUUUAGUUAUGCUUUAUUAAAAACCCAAAAAUGAACUACAUAUGAGAUGUACAAAUACUACAAUAAGUAUUUCUUGUUCUUCCAAGUCUUAUUAUGUUUAAUUGCAUAAUAAUUAUAAUAAGAAAUCAAUCAAUACAAAUAAUAAUGUAGAGAACAUCACAUCAGCUUAUGCUGGUGUGGGCUCUAGUCGUAACUAA